AUGGCAUCAGGUCAGUGACGGACGCGGGCCCCAGCCGAGACACGCCCAGUACUCACCAGCUGGCGGUGCUCGACAGACGCGGUCGCCUCGCUCUCGGCUCGGCUGUCCCAACUGGACCCGACCGCGAACAGUGUCGACGCCGCCUCGUCCUCGCCAGCUGCUCCUGCCACACCCCAAGUGGAGCAACAAGACAGUGCCCCGAAUGCAGCCCAUGAUGAGCAGGAAGCUGCACCCGAGCCCGCUCCCGUACCCAAAGGUUCGUUCGUCCAGCGGACUCGACCCGCGAGGAGCCCUACCCCUGGCUGAAACCCCUGAGAACCCACUCGAUCGGUACACCAUCGCCCUCGACAGCUUCCCAACUUCUUGAAAACUUGCAACACGAGGUUCAAGUAAGCCGCUUGCGCUCUCACCGCAUCCUGCUGCUCCUCUUCGCUCCCAAGCUCACCCCUCACCCCUCUCAACCCCUCUCAACUCCUCUUCGUCGUUGCCGUCCAGGUCACGCUCGCCGAUCAACAGCAGGACCCCAACUCGCCGCUCUUUUCGGCCAAGACAUUCGAGGAUCUCAACCUGUGCGUGGUUCAGAGGCGCAACGCGAGCUAGGCACCAGCGCCUCUGACGGUCAAUCCGGGACCGGGAUGACUUGGAUUUCCCACCCCCCACUCUAGGCACCCGAACUUGCUCAAAGGAGUGUACAAGAUGGGUUUCCAAAAGCCUUCCAAGAUCCAGGAGCGUGCUCUGCCUCUUCUGCUCCAGAACCCGUCAGUUUGGACCCUCUUUUCCGUAUCGUGUAUCGUGUGCAGGCUGACCCGUGUAGUCCACCAUCUCCAGUCCUCGCAACAUGAUCGGUCAAUCCCAGUCGGGAACGGGCAAGACCGCCGCCUUCGCCUUGACCAUGCUCUCUCGCAUCGACAUGGAGCUCAGAAAGCCUCAGGUCAGACUCUAUGCUACUUUCGAGUCUCGUUGUGACAACGGACCCCUGACGUUCCGUGUUCCGUCGGGUCAUCACCCUCCAGGCGAUCUGCCUCUCCCCUGCGCGCGAAUUGGCGCUACAAACCUUGACGGUCGUACAACGCAUGGGAGAAUAUACCCCCGUCGAGUGCUUCGCCGCCGUCAAGGACUCGUUCGAUCGCAGAAUGCCCCCCAUUCAGGCUCAAGUCAUCGUUGGCACACCGGGGACGAUCAUGGACGUGCGUUCAACGUUUCAUGGGUGAAAAGACGUCUGUGUGCGAAUGCCGCUGAUGCUGUGAUCGAUGGUCUCAUAAGUUUAGGCUAUCCGACAUCGGAUCUUGGACUGUAGCGAGGUCAAGGUGUUUGUCUUGGACGAGGCCGACAACUUGUUGGAUCUUGGGUCCAUGGCCGAUCAGAGUUCGAGUGUCAAAAAGUGGGUCAGGUUCCGACACGUGUGAUUGUUGCGAUACAAGAGCUGAUCGUAAACGGAGUCCCUGGGAACCUUCACAGUGCCGUCAUCAAAUCUGCACGAACACCGCCGCAACUUGUGCUCUUCUCUGCAACCUUUACCGACACGGUCCGAACGUUCGCCGUUCGCUUUGCGCCGAAUGCGAACGAAAUCCGCCUCAAGCAGGAGGAAGUCGCCUUGGAUGCGAUCAAGCAGUUCUUCAUGGGUCAGUCGGGUCUCCAACGGUCUUAGGAACCCCACGUGUUGACGGUAAUAUCUUCCCCGUGGUAAGACUGCCGAGACGAGCAGCACAAGUACGAAGUCCUGGUCGAGUUGUACAACUUGUUGACGAUCGGGCAGAGCAUCAUCUUUGUCGCCGUGAGUGGAAACCGGAAACCCCAGGCGUCUUCCAUGUGCACCUUUGAAUGCCUUGCUCAAUCGCUCGCCCUUUUUUUUCCGUUCACAGCGUCGAGACACCUCGGACGAAAUCUCACGACGAAUGACGGCCGAGGGGCACGCCGUCGCUUCUUUGACCGGUCAACUGACGCCCGAGGAACGCGACGCGGUGAUGGAGUCCUUCCGAGAUGGCAAGACCAAAGUCCUCAUGGCGACGAACGUGAUCGCGCGUGGCUUGGACGUGAUGCAAGUCAACAUGGUCGUCAACUACGACUUGCCCGUCGAUGGUCAGGGGAGACCUGAACCGCAGACUUACAUUCAUCGCAUUGGGAGGACGGGGAGGUUCGGUCGACAAGGCGUCAGCAUCAAUUUCGUGCAUGAUCGGAAGAGCUUCAAGAUUAUGGAGGACAUCAGGAACGCGGUCGGAAAACCGAUUGUGAGAGUGGACACCAGCGAUUUCGAACAGAUGGAAAAGGUCAGUUUGCUGCAGUCAAGUCAAGGGUCACGUGAGCGAGUUUUUGGAUACGUUCGCUGACGAAGGCUUUUCUGCUGACUCUUGGCGUGAUGGGUAGACUUUGAAAGCGGCUUUGAAGGCUUGAAAGGUGAUUCUGAAUACCCAGAUAGGAUGUCAUGAUGCAACGACAUGAUUUGUUAGGAGCCCCUAGUAGGCUAAGCAUAGCCAUCGGCCUAUUCCACGGCGGGACCAAUGUGACCUCGGCCGAACGAGACGGGGCGCUCAGAGAAAUCGCAACAAAGCACUGUCAUGUGAUCUGGCUGAAACGAAUUCGAAGAUGUGAAUGCGAAUGCGCUGCGCCUCGAAAGGGGGCGUUCGGCCGGCGUAUUCUACCGCGAGGCGGGGACUAUCGCCAGGGGGAAGAAGAAAGCUCGGGCAUCCCUUUGUCUCGCUCGUGCCGGCCGUGUGAAAGAUUCGGUGUUCGCUGUCAACGUGUGCGCGAGCAGUGAGCACUCGAUGGUUGCUCUCCUCCCAAUUUCUCCAACAGCUCAUCGAACCCCACCCCAGAAUUACGAUGAGUCUCGAAAUGUCGGCCGAAAAUGACUUGCAUAGACGACCGAAUGCAGGACCUGAUCCGGACAUGAGCCCCGAGCCAUCGUCCGCGGAGCCCCCCACCGGCCUCACCUCUCCUCCAUCGCACGACUCGACCUCGACCUCGAACGGCAAGGCCCACGUCGAACAGCGCCCCAGCCACCGCGUCGGCCCUUCCUUCCCACUCACCUCGUUCGAAUCGACCCCUCACAACGUCGCCUGUUUCGCGUUCUGUCUCGGUGCCGCAUGGUCCGUAGGCUUCACCCGGCUGGGCAUCUAUUGGCUCCACCCGACCGAACGAUCCUGGCCAGUGUGGUUCACGCUCGAUUCGAAGCAUUUACCCGCUCAGAGCCUGUGGAGCGCAUGUACGAGUCCCAUGUUGGCGCUUUAUCUCACUUGUUGGGCCAUGUUCCAUCUGCUCGAAUUCGUCGUCACGUCCAUGUACAACCCGGGCAAGCUCUCCGUUUCUUGUGGGUCCAAACCCCCACUUUGGGCUGUCCGCAACGCGGUCCGCUCGGCCUACGGCUCGCUCAACGUGACUAAUGGUGGUCCUGUCCUUCAUAGCCUUCCUCUUGAACAAUGGGUCACCUUACCACGUCGCCCACGCUUUUGGGAUCGUCGAGCACGUCUUGGAAGAAGCGUACCUACCCCCCAAGUGGCGAGCAUUCAAACACCUCGGAUGGAUCAUGGUCGCUGGUGCGUCACACAUGCACUUCAAGCAGGAAAAUGUUCGAGUUCGUGGCUAAUCUCUUGCACUGAUGUGGUCUGCACAUAGGGUGGGUGCUCCUCAUGGGAGGUCAGAUUCUGCGCUCGUUCGCGAUGAUCUCGGCAGCGCAAAACUUUUCCCAUGUGUACGUCGUCAUUUUCGUCCAGAUCUAAACAAAGUAUUUCCUUUCCCAGGUGAGGUGUAGGGCGCUGAUGUUCUGACCUAUCUCACUGAUUCGUCCAAACAGCAUCCAAACCAAGAAGCGAGACGACCAUUCCCUCGUCGAGACCGGGAUCUACGCCUGGUCCCGACACCCUUCGUACGCCGGGUUCUGUUGGUGGGCUUUGGGGACUCAGGUCGGUCCUCUUUCGGUGGGAAGAUCAGACUCUCGAAUUCCAAUUUGAAACCGACUCUCCUCUUCCCUGGAUCUUCCCUAGAUCAUGCUCGCAAACCCGAUAGCGACGCUGGCGUUCACCCACGUUUUGCUCUCGUUCUUUGCCGCCCGUAUAGAGGGUAAGUUUGCGCCAUCAUACUUGGGCAAAAGUCUUCCACUUCUUUUCGAUCGUCGGAAGAAGCUGACUCUACCACCCGGAUUCACCGGACCCUUAGCCGAGGAGAAAUACCUGGUCAAAUUCUUUGGCGACGACUAUAUCUCGUACCGCAAGCGCGUCCCGACGAGGAUCAUCUUCAUAUCAUAG